GUACACGUUGACCCGCCACGCAGUAAGUGAUUGUGUAUGCAAUACGACUUCUCUAUUUCUCACCCGGAUCUUGAGAACCCAAUCAUGUUUGAGAUCAUUUGUGUUCUCAGAAAAGACUAACCACUGCGUAUGUCCGUACAUAAUGAGUAUAGAAUAUACCUAAAUAAGCGAGAAAAAAUUGGAGACAGUAUAGUAUUACCAAAUGCAUAAACACAUGAAUAUAAAUGACAUUAUGACAGCGAAAAUUACUCCCAAGAUUUUCGGUGAAAAUAUCAGAUCACAUAGUGUUCACUCACCAAGGUGUUACCGAUAUCCAGGGUUUAGCAGUAUCGUUAUGCAUAAUAACUACCUGAUCGAGAAGACCAUAAGCAGUCAAAACAGGAGUUAGGAAUUGAGAAGAUCAAAAGUUUGUUUUGAGGAUGGUUGAGAUGUUGAGUAGUGAGUGGCUAGUAGAUGCAACAGUAGGUGAAGCCUUUUGAACACGAAGAUAUUGGGAAUGUCGCAGAUAUUGAGAGCUAGACAACGUUUUUGUCCGUAACACCUUUCUGAUCGAGUAUAUCCAAAGCCAAAUCAUACCAGGAAUGAGAAGGUAUAUCUGAAUGUGAAUGAACUUUGUAAGGUGAUGUGAAAGGAUGAGUUGGACGGCAUAUCUUGAGGUUAUCUGGUGCGGUUGAGUGACGGAGCGUCUUCAGCUACGGGUGUUUUCAAUAAAACUAAUGACGUCAGUCUCAAUGUCGAAAACUUACAAAGCUGUUUAUUUCUUAUGGAUUUAUCUACUGUUAGUCGUAAAACCACGAAUAAAUUCUCUGUUGGAUGCCAAUACACGUCCCCUUCUGCAUAUAUUUUAAGGCCUUAAUUAAUGAUAGAUUUGCCUUUCCUUUCAAUCUUGCGUGAUUCGGGGUUCUCAGUGUUUGUCUGCUGUUAUUAGUCUGAUUGUGUUGUAGGUCAGGCAAGUACAGUGUAUAUUAACCCUACGAAGUAUUUAACGUUGCAAUUAUAGUUUACUUCGUGAAAUGUCUGAUCGCGAGUCUAGACUGGAAGCUAUUGAGUCAGCUAUAGGGAUUGUACCACACUUUCCAGUGGAAGGCAUUUUCUUCCGGGAUUUCUUUUGUGUUUUCAGGAAUCCUGUCUUAACUCAAUAUCUGCUAGAUGAGUUAUAUUUCCUGGCUACAUCUGCGAUACAGCGUGAAUAUAAAGAUACCGUAGAAAUUCGAAGAGAUGCUCUCAAUGCUGGUGACAAUGUAAUUCUGUUGGACGAUGUGUUGGCCACUGGUGGAAGUCUUGAAGCUUGUUAUAACUUGAUAAAACUAUCUGGAGCUAAGGUUUUAUCCACCUUAGUAUUCUUGGAAGCGACAGAUCUAAAUGCACGUGAAAAAUUUAAAAAGCUUAAUGUAGAUACUCAUUCAGUUUUUCAAAUUUGAAUAUCCCUUGCGUUUAUAAAGUGCCUUUUCCGUUAUUUGAUUCCUUUAUUUUGUAAACUUAUCUCAUGUGCCUUAAAUCCAUCAAACCGUUAUGUGUAUAUUUAUCAGAUAUCAAGUGUGCGACUUAAUUAAUUAAAUCUAUUCCAGGGUGUCACUGCUUAUUUUAUUUAACAAACUCUUUCUGAUCAUUUUGAUUUUAACUGUUUGGAGAUUUUGUUUGCAUUAUCAAUAGACUUUAUUUGUACUGUGUGUGUAUUUGUGCGCUUCAUUGUGUGGAUUCAGUUUGCU